GCUGUCACACUCCCAGCUCUAGAACAGAACGAUACAAGAAAGUAAAUUCUGAGGAAAAGGAAACUCAGAAAUCGUAUAGGAGAGACAAUACAAACAGACUUGGCGUACGGACUUGUGCAAUCAAUAACCAUUUUAGUGCCUUUAGUUAAGCAAAACAUUUUACAAGAAUAACGGACAGAGACAGAGAGCAAAAGACAGUGCAAUGUGCAACUAGUGGCGGCCCGUCUAGACCUUAUCCCACACCAGGAUCACAUUUUGAACGCUCUCCUAUGGUGACAAAAUGAACCUGGAAUCGUUAUUUCGCGACUUUAAUCCAUGCAAAUUUAUCGUGCAUUGCAGUCUUUUUACAUUUGUGACGCUAUUUGCGUUGCGUUUAGAUGGUUACAUUGAUUGGCCUUAUUGGGCCAUAUUCACACCACUGUGGAUUUGGAAAUGCACUGCCAUACUGGGUGCCAUCGUUGGAGCCAUAGUAUGGUGUCGCUAUCCACAUUACCGCCUGGAAGGUGAUGCCUAUACCCAAUUUAAAGCCAUGCUCAUCUCGCUGGCUCUGCAUCUCAUCUUGUUAAUGUUUGAGCUAUUGGCCUGCGAUAAAUUAACUUCGGAGCGUCAUCUUUGGGUGCUGGUCUUCAUUCCAUUGAUCUUCGGAUCGGUAGUGAGUGUGGGCGCCUGUGUGUGGGCCGUAAAGCAUGAUCGUUCAUUUGAAUUGGAACUGUUUUUGGCUGUCAAUGCGCUACAAUUUGUGUCGCUGCCAUUAAAACUGGAUAGAUUCGUCUAUUGGAACUGGGAUGUGGUGUUUGUGCCCAUGUGGAUUGUCAUUUGCCUUAGCCUUGUUAGCGUACUUUACAACAUCAUCUUCUGUGGGAUCAUGAUGCGCACACCGGAAGUUUCCCUACAACAAAAGAAGGCUGCCCUCAAUGCGGCAGUAGGCAAUAUUUGCACAGUGCUUCCUCUACUCUGCUUUCAGGUGGUCAUUUGCGACAAGUUGGAUGGCGAAUUAAAGUUCCCCUACAUUGUGGUCUUCUCGCCACUAUUGGUGUCCAUUAUGGCUCUGAUUAUCUUAAGCUUUACCGCCAAGGGCGGCAACAUGUGGUGGUUUGGUAUACGUAAAUCAUUUAGCCAAUUCCUACUAUCGGCGAUGCCAUUUCUUCAGGAAUAUGGUAAUAUCAGCUACCAUGCUGAGACGCAUAGCAAUGCGGGUCAAUCGGUGCCACUGGACACCUCUUCCUCCACAAGUACGGCAAAUGCUGCCAAUGAGCAGCUGCACGAGUUUAGCAAGCAUGACAAAAAGAGCAAGAAGGGGGCCAAAAAUGAUAUCAUGAAGCCGGUGGUUCCAUUUGUUAGCAUUGAUUUGCCGGACUAAAAUGGCAUUAAAAAAAACCCGACAACAAUACAUAUAGGCUUAAGCUUACCUGUUACCGUACACACACACACACACACACACAUACAUACACCACAAACAUAAAACCAUACGUACGUAUCGGCCGUAGAUAAUAGUCUCGUACUGAAUUUUAAUUUUAAGCCAAUGCUGUAACCGCCCACGCCCACACACUCAAAUUUAUAAGCAGAAUUCGUAUAAUAGAUGCACGUGUACUACAUAAAUAAUAUAAUAAUACAUACAUAUACAUAUUUAUGGAUAAGUCUAUAUGUAUACACACAUUUUCUAUUUGCAUGUGACUGAAGUCUGGUUUUCCAUUCAUCAUACAUCUAGAAAAUGUAUUAUAAUUUUUUUUUUUUUAUUCAAUUUUAAUAACACUUUAGCUUAUCGAACAAAUCGGGAAUGUACUAUUAUCGCCACAAUAUUUUAUGCAAGAAUCUUAACUAUCAAUUUGUAUUUGAAACGCUGUAAACGUCAACAAAAUAAUAGUUUAAUAUUCAUACAUCUACAUGAUGUAUGCAAGAGUGUGUAAAUAAUAUGCAAAUUAAUUAUAAUUA